AUGGUGUUCAUCUCCGAGUUCCUGGGUUCUCACCAACUUCUGCAGGAGAGCCUGUUUGCCGGCGUGGUGAGCCAGGAGAUCGCUGGCAAGCUGGGGGAGUUCAUGGGGCUCCUGCACUCGCGCACCCACAGCAGCCGCGUGUCCUCCGCCGAGGCCGCAGAGCUCGCGGCCGACUUCUCGAACGACGCACUCCGGGCCAUCCAGCUGGAGUACGUGUUCUCGAAGUGCUUCCGCGAGGACGACCGGGCGGCAGACCUGCGCGCGGACGCGGCCUUCAUGGGUGCUCUGGAGGAGCUCAAGGGCGCCUACCGUGGCCAGCAUUUGGACGACCUGGCCCUGCUCCACGGCGACCUGCACGCCGGCAGCGUCAUGGCCGACACGGCGGCCGGCGGCGUCAAGGUCAUAGAUCCCGAGUUCUGCAUCUACGGGCCGCCCGGCCUCGACGUCGGCAGCCUGAUCUCCACUUACGCGUUGGCGUACUGCUUCCACGCCGCCACUGGCAACGACUCCAGGCGAGGCCUCGCAGAGGCGAUCGAGCGGAUUUGGAGCUCCUACACCCAGACGAUGGAGGCCGGCGGCGUGACCAGCGAGGCGCUCGAGAGCAUAGGCCGCGACGCCGCCGGCUUCGCGGGGUGCGAGAUCGCCCGCACGGCUUGCGGUCUGGCCUACGAGCGCUCGCUCCGGCUGCCCGACCCGGCCGCCAAGGCCGAGGCCGAGCGGCAGGCACUGGCUGUUGGGGCCGCGUGGCCUUGCCUUCUGGCCAUCAUCGGCCGGGCCCGGGGCCUGGGCGCCCUGACUGGCGCGCUGGAGCGGUACGGCAGCUUCUCGUAG